AUGCCGUCCUCCAGGGUGCACCCUGACGUGAAGGGAAUGGUGGUCGUCGUGGACGUAAUCCGCCCUCUUGCGCAGGAGACAGUCUCCCCCUCGCCAACGACGGCCCUUGCGGUUGAGCGCCUCGAGAUCGACGUGAAUGCUGUACCCUGUAACACAACGGCAGACACGCUGCUCACUGAUGUGGCGGUGGCUCUGCAGGAGAUGCAGCUGACCAUGUGUGUCUCCCUGCAGGCGGCCGCGUUGGCAUCAGGGAGAGUGUUGCCUCCGGUAUCGUGGAUACAGGAGGCCGUGAGGGUCAAUGACAGCAGUGACUUAGACAGGCGGCAAGCCUCAGUGACCCCGUUUCUCAGGCGCCGCUACGCAGCAGCUGUGCGGCACGCACAGAACUCCGUAGACUCACGUCAGAUGCCCACUGCGGCGCCUCCGUUGUCGUCCUCGCUGGUGCUUCGCAUCGGGAGCGACUACGUCGUGGAAGACAUGGCAGGCCACCCCAGCCCGGCAACCACCGUCUGGUCGGUUGUGCCUCAGUCAAUGGAGGCCGCCAGCAGCGUUGCAGGCAAGGCACCUGCACAGGCAGCACUGCCUAUCACGUCCUCACUCCAUCUGCUGACACGAGACCCCGCGUCAGAGGGUGUCGCUGUGGAGGCACACGGCGCUCUGCACGCACCUCUUGCUGCUCUGCCGUCGCCAUCGCGAGGCAGCGCUGCGACGAUGAUGGCCGCCCCCAGCCGCGUUCCUGACGGCGAUCUGCUCCCUGGCUCUCAGACCACCGUAGCCUCCGCCGCCGUGAAGAGAGCUACCGCAGAUAUCAGCCAAGACGGGUGCUUGUCAAUGCCCUCCCUUACUGUCGACUCCACCGCACCGCCACCUCUCCCGCAGCAGCAGCCACCGGCACCCGUCAUGUCCCUCAAAGAUGCCGACGCGGUCGCCUCCGGCCACCUGCAGGCCCACCAGGCACAGAUGCUGCCUCGUGACGCUCAACGCUGCGACGACUCGCCCAACGCCAGCACCUCCGUUGCCGCCCCUGCGGAGGAGCGGAGCCGUCUUCAGCGCACUCUUUCCCGGACUGCGGCCGAGACUGCCGUGCAGGCGGAGGUGAAGCGCCUGCAGGCAGAGCACGUGCUCACCGGAGAGCACGGAGAAGGAGGGGCAGCGUCAGCGACGAGGAGGGGCGCUGGUGCGAAUCUUAGUGAUGCCGCCAGCGGCGAUGCUUACAGCGGGACGGCGAUACACACGGCAGGACGGCAGGACGGCGGCUCUGCCUCCGACACAUUGUCUCCACCGCGACUCCGAGCGCACUGGCUUGCGGCCGUCAGAGAGGAGAUCGGUGCCUAUGAGCGCGAAGCCGCGACGCUGCGCCGGGCAACGGAGAAGGCACGCCAGUGGCGAGAGUCUACGAAGCAGGAGUUGCGCGAGGAGAUCGCGCGCCUGGAGAGGGAAGCAGUCCAGCCGAGGGCGGCGCUGGGAGAGCGCGACGUGCUGCGGCGUCGAGUGGAGCAGCUGGAGGCGCAGUUGGCUGGUGCGAAGGCGGUGAAGGCGUCGCCACUUGCGACGCAGGGGACCGCAGCCGUGCUUCCACCAGCCUCAGCUGAUGCCCAGCGAGCCAAGAGGGAUUGCCGAGCGACAAGCGGUUCUGCCAAGUCGCACCGGCCGUGUGUGACAGCGGUGGCCGCGAUGCCGGCCCUCGAGUGCUUCAGUGACACUUCCGCAUUGGGGCAUGGCGACUCCUCCGAGCAAUUGUCGCCACCACCGCUACCUGAGCCAGCGUUGCCGCCGCCGUCACAGGCGUGCCGAUCAGCGCCUCGCGGGAACGGACAUACCGCGGAAUUCAGCAUGGGUGCGCAUCGCUGGUCUGGCAGACGCGUUUUGCUUACCUAUUGCGACAGGGCAGCAGCGCCAACAGCAAGCGCUGCGUAUCCGCUGCCUGAGGCACAACGGCAGCCCUCGCCCAGUCGGAGUGGGCUCGGCAUGGAGAGAAGCUUCCUGUCACCGUCCCUUGAGGCCGAGGUGCGGGGAGCGCUGGAGAGCGACGACGACGACGCCGGCUCGUCCGUCACAGACAGCCGCAAUAACGGCACGGCGAGCGCAGAGGCAAGGGUCGGAGGUGGUAGCGGGUGCGACUGUGACACUAUUGCGGGGAGGGGUGCGAAGGCGGGGCGGCAGCCACCUGCGGUGGGGACGCGACGGCGACGACAGCGAUCGACUGCCACCGCGAGUCCCACUGCAGGUGACGCUUCAUCCGAGAUGCUCACGGCUUCUUGGAUGACUGUGGAUGCUGCGGCUCCUGCCGCGGCUUGUUCUGCCGUUGGAGCGACUUCGUUCUGCAAGGCCGUCAGGACCGCCUCGUCGCCGUACCCCGCCAGCCUCUCCGCGGUGUCUCCACGUCCGCACCGGGCGGGUGCUGCAGCGUUCACCGUCCUAGCUUGCUCCAGUGGCGGUGGUGAGGAUGCCACGCGGCAGGGAGUAGGCACCUAUCGACAACCGGGGAGAGGAAUGGCGAACAUGACGGCGACUGCCUCUGCUGCCGGAUGCAGCGCCACUGCUGUCCAUCGCGGACUCACAGGCAGGCACUUUGCCCGUAUCGCUCUCGGCCGCGGUGACGUAACCUCGCUGCCGAUGGACGCGUCGAGUGUGCGCGACAACAGCCGCCGCGGUCCUGGUAGGGGCGGGUCGCCAUCACGACGGCUGGGGCAUGGCUACCUGUCCCCGUCGUGGCGCACCCCCUCUUCCUCCUAA